AUGGAUAUAGAUAACGAUGUACCAAUGAAGGACGCGAUGGAGGACCAUUUGGAUCAAGCUAUUGACGAGGAUUCAGGCGGGGGGUCUGUUACUUAUUUCAAUAAUGUAAGUUGGCGUAGUGUUUCGGGGAUAGCAGACAGCAAGUCGUCGAAGCCGCUAGAGCUCACGGCAUCGAAUAUAAAUCAAUUAGACCAGUGGAUAGAGCACUUGUCGAAGUGCCAGGUGCUUUCUGAGGAGGAUGUGGGGAAGUUGUGCAGGAUGGCUGUGGAUGUGUUACAGUUUGAGGGAAAUGUGCAGCCGGUUAGCGUGCCGGUAACGAUAUGUGGUGACGUGCACGGUCAGUUUCACGACUUGAUAGAGUUGUUCAAGAUUGGGGGUCCGUGUCCGGACACGAACUAUUUGUUUAUGGGUGAUUAUGUUGAUCGUGGGUAUUACAGUGUUGAGACGGUGUCGUACUUGGUGGCGAUGAAGGUGCGGUAUCCCAAUAGAAUCACGAUUUUAAGAGGCAAUCACGAGUCUAGGCAGAUCACGCAGGUAUACGGGUUCUACGAUGAAUGUUUAAGAAAAUACGGCAGUGCCAAUGUGUGGAAGAUGUUCACAGACUUGUUCGACUAUUUCCCGAUCACCGCAUUGGUAGAUAACAAAAUCUUUUGUCUCCAUGGAGGUCUCUCCCCGAUGAUCGAGACGAUAGAUCAGGUUCGUGAGUUGAAUAGGGUGCAAGAGGUUCCCCACGAGGGGCCUAUGUGUGAUUUGUUAUGGUCGGAUCCUGAUGACAGAGGUGGCUGGGGGAUUAGCCCUCGUGGUGCGGGUUUCACUUUUGGUCAAGACAUUAGCGAACAGUUCAAUCAUACCAAUGACCUAUCGUUGAUUGCAAGAGCCCACCAGCUAGUUAUGGAUGGUUAUGCAUGGUCCCACCAGCAAAGUGUUGUCACAAUAUUCAGUGCUCCAAACUACUGUUAUAGAUGUGGUAAUCAAGCGGCAAUCAUGGAAGUCGAUGAAAACCACAACAGACAGUUUUUGCAAUAUGACCCAUCUGUAAGGCCUGGUGAACCUACUGUUAGUCGGAAAACCCCUGACUACUUCUUGUAG